AUGGACCCAAAUACCCCCUCGCGACCGCCCGACUACAGUCUCCCACCCUACGACGACCGCGACGACGACACUCCCACGGGACGCUCCAACAAUCCCGCCGCCAUUCGACUACUGACUUCAGUCGAGGAGCCCAUCAUGGACAGAGCACCGUACGUAACACCCACCGCGCCCCAUCAGUCGACGUCGAUUUCGACUCCGUCGUCGCCCAGCCUCUUCCCUCGCCCUCUGUCACUGCGCAGGAAGAAGUCGGGCGCUGCAGACCCGGUGAUCUCUACGCCAGACCACCUCGACGCUUUGAGGCAGCAGGAGGAAGGCCAUCCAACCUCGCCCUUGUCUCCAGCACCCAUCUACACACCGCGCUCAAGUGCCGUGAGCGUUGUAGACUUUGCGGAACCGCAGCGCACCUCUCGCAUACCGGUGCGGUCUUCUACUGUAAAGUUACAGAAGAGACACAGGCCUAACUCUAUCAAAGAAUCGCAAAUCCGGGACAGUCUCCCCACCAUACCAGAGGGUCCUUCACUGCGCAAGAGUCAACUGCACCAGUCCUCUAGCUGCCCCGUCCCUCCGUUGUCAGAUGAUUCUACCAGUAGCACAAGCACAAGCUCACAUGAAGACACCAAUAGGCCCCGAUCCAGCCGACGAUCGUAUGCAUCGUCCAUUUUGUCCGACCGCUCCGCGUCCAUCCGAGACCCUCCCAGCAUGCCGCCGCCCGACUCGACCUACGUCCCCUUCCAGGGCCGCGACUACGCCCGCGAGUACGAGCGCACCUAUGAGCAGGAGUACCAGGACGACUACCCAUACGAGUACCAGUCAGGACGCCAAUCACCGACGAGGACGUACAGCCCAUCCCGCCUCUCAUCGGACUUCACAAGGCCCCCUGCCUCUGGCAUUUAUGAGCCCUCAGACCUCAACGGCAGCCCCAGACCGGGAACUCCAUCCUCAAGAUAUGGCGGGAGCCCCCGACGACCACUUCCACCCGCGCCGCUGUUCUCGACUGGUGCGAACCGUAACUCUACUGCGUUUGCCGACGAUGCCACAGUUUCGAUCCCUCUCCACGACAACGACGACGUGUUUGGACCCGAGACCGAUAUCAGUGAGAGCCAGCCGAUGAGAGAAUCGUACAUGUCUCACGACCAAGUUACGCUCAGCGAGGAGGACACAGAGACCGACAUCAAUGAGAAGGUGGAGCAUUACGGUCCGGCCCCGGAUGGAAUGCAAGAGCGCCGAGGUGUCCGCGCGCCACAGAUGUCGAGAAAGGAGGUCCAGCUUAUCAACGGAGAGCUGGUUUUGGAGUGCAAGAUCCCCACGAUUCUUUACAGUUUCCUGCCCCGUCGCGACGAGGUUGAAUUCACCCACAUGAGAUACACGGCUGUCACCUGCGACCCCGAUGACUUUGUCGAACGCGGAUAUAAGCUCCGCCAGUCCAUUGGGAAGACCGCUCGUGAGACGGAGUUGUUCAUCUGCGUCACCAUGUACAACGAGGACGAGUUCGGCUUCACGAGAACCAUGUACGCGGUCAUGAAGAAUAUCUCCCACUUCUGCGCUCGUUCAAAGUCGCGCACGUGGGGUGAUAAUGGUUGGCAAAAGAUUGUCGUCUGCAUCGUUUCAGACGGCAGAGAAAAGAUCCACCCUCGCACGCUCGACGCGUUGGCGGCCAUGGGUGUCUACCAGCACGGCAUCGCCAAGAACUACGUCAACCAGAAGGCAGUGCAGGCCCACGUCUACGAGUACACGACGCAAGUCUCGCUCGACUCUGAUCUCAAGUUCAAGGGUGCCGAGAAGGGCAUUGUUCCUUGCCAGUUGAUCUUCUGUCUGAAGGAAAAGAACCAGAGGAAGCUCAACUCGCAUCGCUGGUUUUUCAACGCUUUCGGCAAGGCCCUGAACCCCAACGUGUGCAUCUUGCUUGACGUUGGAACCAGACCCGGCGGCACGUCUCUGUACCACCUCUGGAAGGCUUUUGACAACGACUCCAACGUUGCCGGUGCCUGUGGAGAGAUCAAGGCCAUGAAGGGCAAGUUCGGAGUGAACCUCCUGAACCCGUUGGUAGCCUCCCAGAACUUUGAGUACAAGAUGUCCAACAUCCUCGACAAGCCUCUUGAGUCCAUCUUUGGCUACAUUACCGUCUUGCCUGGUGCGCUUAGUGCCUACCGAUACCACGCUCUGCAGAAUGACGAGACGGGUCAUGGCCCUCUCAGUCAGUACUUCAAGGGAGAGACACUGCACGGUCAGCAUGCAGACGUGUUCACGGCAAACAUGUACCUGGCUGAGGAUCGUAUUCUGUGCUGGGAGCUCGUCGCCAAGCGCGGCGAGAGCUGGGUCUUGAAGUACGUGAAGGGAUGUCACGGUGAAACCGAUGUGCCAGAUACUGUUCCUGAGUUCAUCUCGCAGCGACGUCGUUGGCUGAACGGUGCUUUCUUCGCUGCCGUCUACUCGCUCGUUCACUUUAAGCAGAUCUGGUACACGGAUCAUACCAUUACUCGCAAGAUCCUCCUCCACAUCGAAUUCAUUUACCAGUUCCUGCAGCUCAUCUUCACCUACUUCUCCCUGGCAAACUUCUACCUGACCUUCUACUUCGUGGCAGGCGGUCUAGGCGAUCCCCUAGUAGAUCCCUUCGGUCACAACAUCGGUCAAUACAUCUUCACGGUCCUGCGGUACACUUGUGUCUUGCUCAUCUGCGCACAAUUCAUUCUGUCGCUAGGUAAUCGGCCACAGGGAGCAAAGAAAUUGUACCUCUUCAGUAUCGUCAUGUACUGCAUCAUCAUGAUAUACACAACGUUUGCAACUUUCUACAUCGUCAUCCGUCAGCUGAAGGAGAAGGACAAUCCCGAGAUCCAUAUGGGCGAAAACGUCUUCACAAACUUCAUCGUCUCGAUUCUUUCGACUAUCGGCUUGUACUUCGUCAUGUCUUUCCUAUACCUGGAUCCCUGGCACUUGUUCACUAGCGCGGCUCAAUACUUCAUGCUUUUGCCGGCCUACAUUUGCACCCUGCAAGUGUACGCCUUCUGCAACACGCACGACGUCACCUGGGGUACCAAGGGAGAUAACGUUAUGAAGACUGAUCUGGGUGGCGCUAUCGGAAAGGGCAACAGCGUCGAGCUCGAGAUGCCAUCUGAGCAACUCGACAUCGACUCUGGCUACGACGAGGCGCUCCGCAACCUGCGGGAUCGCGUUGAGGUGCCCCCUUCGGCCAUCUCUGAGGCGCAGCUGCAGGAGGACUACUAUAAGAGCGUGCGUACCUACAUGGUGCUCUCAUGGCUCAUCUGCAAUGCCAUUCUCGCCAUGGCCGUGUCUGAGGCGUAUAGCGAACGCGGCAUUGGUGAAAACUACUACCUUGCCUUCAUUCUCUGGGCCGUGGCGAUUCUGGCUCUCUUCCGUGCCAUCGGCUCUACGACGUUUGCCGUUCUCAACGUCGUCAGCAUGAUUGUUGACGGCCAGGUGCGCAUGAGUCUCAAGGUGCCUAAGUGGAUGGGUGGAUUCGGCGAAAAGGUCAGCGAGAAAAUGAGCAGCGUGUCGAGUAGUGUGGGAAGCAGUGUCGGCGGAAGCAAGCUCAGCAGUGUGUUCAAGCGCUGA